AUGUUGGCCUUCACAGUAACCUCUGGACACGAUUACCAGUUGCUCAACAAUAGGAGUCAGGUUGGUUCUUGGUGGUUUUUUAUGCUGCAGCAUUUUCCUAGCCGUGAGGGUAAGCCUGUUUUCAUCACGGGGUUUUCGCUGGAGAGUUCUGAAUAUACGCUUCACAUGCCUAACGUUCUGAUUUUAGAUAUCAAUGAUAUCCGCUACAUCGUCAAUUACGACUACCCAUCACAGACCGAGGAUUAUAUCCACCGCAUUGGAAGAACGGGCAGGAGUGACAAGAAAGGGACUGCGUAUACCUUUUUCACAGCAAAGCAUCCUCGACUGGCUCGUGAACUUAUUGACGUGUUGAGGGAAGCCAAGCAAGAAGUCCCGGAAGAACUGGAGAAGUUAGCUGAGUUGUCACAGGAAAGAAAAAGAUGGCCCCGUGACAAGCGACGUGAUAACUCAGGUUCAUCCCGUAGCCGGAGUCCGCUUAGUCGAAGACGAAGGAGAUCUAGUGAUAGCAGCCGCGCCCACGCUCGUCUGAACGAUCGCGAAGUCUCUCAAGACGUCGUCGGGCGUCCUCCGGAGAAUCUGACAUUGGCUCACCCAAAGAUGUUAAUCGACGUCGUUCCGUAUCAAGUACACACACCAGGAUGUCCAGAAGUUCAAGUUCACCGAGUUCUCGAGGUUCCUCACGUAAUCGUUCCGCCGAGAGGAAGAAUGGACGUCUUAAUCGGUCGGAUUCAUCGACCAGUCGAGGUUCUCGAAAGUCUCGCGAGCGUUCUUUGUCAGGGUCUGUUGGACGAAGUCGGAGUGCCUCUUCCCGCUCGCUACAUGAAACCUCCGUCUCCCGAGAAGAAAAAGGGAAGUCGGAAGUCUUCCAGUGUACGAAAGUCUGAGAGUCCCACUCCGAAUACAUCAGCUGACGAGCAUCUCUCGAAUGACCAUUCCCGUAGCCCGCUGACUAACGUUUCGACAGUUAACAACGGGAAGCCAUGUGAAACGAAGCGAGAGGCCACGCCCGAGUUACCAUCUCUGACAACUGUAACUGCUGCCAGCAGUUCUCCGAGAUUGACAGAAGACAAGGAAUCCCCACAACUGGGCGGGCUGGUGGAGUAUAGCAGGUCUCGCUCCCCGUCUGACGCUCAUGAGGAAGUGCUACCUGCAGACGAAAACAACCUCAUGAAUGAUAAGUCUGCGCAUUCAAGGAAAUCGACUUCAGCCACCAAGCGAAAGUCACGGAAGAAGAAGCGAGAUCACAAAAAGCGACGUUCAGCAGAGAAACGCGAGUCUUCACAUCGAGCGACCGAGCACAUCCUGGUUGAAUCGUCGCAGCGCGAGGUCACCCCGCUCUCAGAUCGUAAUUCAACACUCCCACCACAAAUCCCUGGUGACGGCCACCGGUCAGGAAGCUGUACGCCACUGGAAAAGAUGGAGAGUCCCAGGCCUGCUAAAAGGUCUCGACAGUCAUCUGGUCGAUCUGUUUCAUCCCGCAAAUUAAGUCCAUCCCCCGAUCGUAAGCCUGCACGUUCAUCAAGCCGGGGCUCUAAAAACUCUGAUAGGUCACCACCAGCUCCUACUGGCUCUCGGCGACACUUCACAAAUCUAUCUCCAGAUCGUGACUCCAAACCACUAUCGGCAGGCAAAUCUCGAUCACCUGCUCGCACUCGGACAACGCGUCACGAACGGGUGAAGAAGCCGAGGCCUUCAGCAAAUGAGACCCUGGGUAGGAACACUUCGGGCUCUUCACUAGAUGCUAAUCGUACACCUGCGCGGCGGGCUCGGAAGGAUCGCACUCCCACGCCACUUUCAGAGGAUGUCCCUAGAACACUACCACAGCCUUCACCAUCACCUACUCAUUCCUCGAGGUCGCGAAGGGACUCUCCUGCCAUGCUGAUCCACAAAACAGUGAGUCAGGAGUGUGGCCGUUCCGGAAGUGCUAAGUCAAUCACAUCAGCACGGAGCUUUGCUCGGUCUCCCUCAGCGGGACAAGCCGUCGCCCUCUCCCCAGCUCGUAAGGCUGCUAUCUCUUCAUCUAUUGCGUCGGAAGCAUUGAUUCGCAGAUCCAGUUCACGGAGUAGUUCUCGGACACCGUCUCCAGAUCAUGUUAGCGCUCGUGAAAAAUCUAGCCGAUCGGGAAGUAGGGCAUCUCUGUCUGAUAACAGGAUGUCCAGGUCACGUUCAGCAAGCCACAGACCUGGCUCAAUUGCUCGGAACUCGUCUUCUUCCGAAGAUGAAAAGCCUGUUUGUGUCGAAAAACCGAAGUCAUCUAGUCGUUCAUCAAGUAGUUCUGAUGCCCCACAGUCUGUGGAGCGGAGAUCCUCACCACAGCAUUCCGCAUCUACAUCGCCGACUAAGUAUGAGAGCGUAACGGUCUUACCACAAGAUGGUGGCAGAUCACGAAGCGCAUCUCCAACGUCACCGAGUCAUAAGUUGACUCAAGUAAAGGAGCAGAAGUCUGUUUCAAAGAAAGUCUCUCCAUCACACAGACCAACGCGGUCCCCACUCCGAGCAUCACCCAUGCGUAGGAAUUUCCGGUCACGCGACCGAAGUUCUUCGUCCCCGAGUCGAUCCUCUAGUCGGGGAUCUCAUUCACGCAGGUUAACCUCAAUCACAUCUCCAUCUAAGGGGGACAUGACUGUUAAAGAUCUGAAGUCUACUCGAUCAAGUAGUCGUGAGUCUUUUCCACCCGGACGCCACGCUGUCCACUCUCCAGUUAAACCUGCGUCCGUGCGUCGAAGUUUGUCAUCAUCGUCCCGACGUGGCUCUUCAUCUCGUCCUAGAGUUCUACAGCCUUCUCGUCAAAAGUCUAGUAGGUCCGAAUCUAGGUCGCGUGGUCGUACUGCGAGUCCAUCACCGAGUGGUAAGGGUCGUAGGCCACUGGAUCGCAAGCCAACUCGUUCUCGAAGUCAUUCUUCUGCAUCCUCAGAGCGUGAACCCGACCGGUCUCGUAAGACUCCUGAUACUCGUAGCUACUCUCGCUAUCGUGAUGGCAGCCGCACUCCAUCACGGAAUCACCGAGCGUCAGGUACUUUUCGAUCAUCGGAUCGAAGGCGCCACCGGUCUCGUAGCCGAACUUUUACGUCGCCUCGCCGAAGGACGUCACGCUCUCCUGCUCAUACACCCCGAUCACCGCGUAGAUCUCGUUCGCCUGUUCGAAGACGUGAUUUAUCAACAUCCCGAAGAGAUCGGUCUUCCACUGACAGGACCUCUCGAUCCCCUAACCGGCGCAUCACACGUUCGCCAGUUCGAAGAACCUAUUCGCCGGCUCGUCGAAGCGGAAGAUCUCCUGUUUCAAGGUAUAACCGCUCACCUGUUCGGAGGUUCGACCGAUCCCCAGUGCGUAACUCGUACCGCUCUUCUGAUCGUAGGUUUACUCAGUCGNUUACUCAGUCUCUUACCGCAGGAGUGGUCGAUCACCGGAAGUUAGACGCCAGAGAGAAGGACCAGAGCCUAAGAGAUAUCGACGGUCUCGUUCAAGAUCCAGUCGCCCUUGGCACCGUUCGCCUUCACGUGACGAUCGACGCGGCAGACAAAGCCUUCGUACAAUUAGCCAGCGCUCGCGAAGUAGGUCUCGGUCAGCUAAACGCAAUGCGAAGGACCGAAGAAGCAGGAGUAGAAGCAGACACAGUCGAAGUCCUCGUCGGUCAAGUGACCGCGGAAAGCGUUGAUAUUGUGUCUAUAUCGUGA